CAGGGGCAUUAUGCGCGGGACUGCAAAGUCCCACGGUGCCAAGGCUGCGACAAAGCAAUCAUGAGAUGCAGAUGAGAGAUGGAACAUGAGGUAAAUGAGGACACAAAUAUGGACGCACAGGAGGUUAUGGGAGAUACUGCAACUGAGCAUUUAAAUGAUUCACUGCGGCAGACUCAAGGAAAGGAAGAUGAACAGGACAAUGAGGAAGAGGAGGAAACCAACAAAGAUGAGAAUGAAGAAAAGAACAAAGAUGGAGAACAAGGAAUGGAGACGGGAGAAGGAGUAGACAAAGAGGAAAUAAAUCUGAUUAACAAAGACUUUUCUAAGGAAAAGGAAGAAGUGGACACGACUGGGAUGGACUAUGAAAAAGGUCAAGAAAAGGAUGAGGAUAAGGGAAUGAAGAUACUGCCGGAGGUAAGAGAAGUGGAAAAUGGGGGGAGGAUUUUUGGUUUGGAAAAUAAAGGAAUAGAAAGACUGAAUAGAGGUGUAAAAGCAAGAACAAAAGGUGGAGUAGACAUUCAACAGGUUCUUAAAAAGCAGAAAAUAAGAAGAGAAGCGCUAAAGGAAAGGAGGAAAAGUGGAAAUGGGGGAAGCAAGACAUGUUUUCUUUAAAGACAAUGAAACUGAUUGAGUGGUGGCAAAAAUACAUGUGUGCAAUUUUUUUAGGAUAAAGAUGUGUUUUA